AUGACGAAAAAGCUGAAGCAGAAGCUGCAUGUACGCGACAACAUAGUCGACUUUCUCGUUCGUACGGAUCGUUUCCUGAAACACUAUGAUCCGGCCAACCACGCUCUCCAGGUGCAAGCACGGAUCGACAAACUCGACGAAAAAUGGGAAGAAUUCGAGGAAGUACAGACGCAAAUAGAGGAGCUGGAGGAGCUUGAGGAGGAGAGGGCGGAUCAGCACACGAAGACCCGGGCCGAGUUCGAGGAGUUGUACUUCAAGGUAAGGGCAGGGUUGAUAUCGAAGUUGCCACCUACCACUCCACUUUCUCCCUCCACAUCUGCCGGUGCCACUAGUCGUAUGGGGACAUGUGCGAGUAUUCAAUUGCCGAAAAUAAACUUGCCAGAAUUUAACGGGGAAUUUGAGAAAUGGUUACCGUUUUUUGACACCUUUAAAUCGCUGAUCCAUGGGAAUCCGGAUCUGAGCGCUAUACAACGUUUUCAUUAUUUGCGAGCGUCUUUAAAGGGUGAAGCGCUAAAAGUUGUAGAUGCAUUCCCGAUGAGCGAAGCGAGUUACGGGGCUGCUUGGUCCGCGUUAACUAAGCGCUAUUCAAAUGUAUACUUGCAGAAGAAGCGCCACGUCAACGCUCUUCUACAGUAUCCGAAAUUGAAAAGGAUGAAUGCAAGUGGGAUUCAUGAUGUCAUUGAUUGUUUUGACCGACAUCUAAAAAUCUUGGAUCAAUUGGGGGAAGUAACUACGGGCUGGGGGGCGAUGCUGACACAGCUGUUAAUAUCGAAGCUGGACGUUGUCUCGCAAAAGGAUUGGGAAGAAUUUGCUGUGAAAAAGGAAGAACCUGCGUACUUGCACGUGAUGGAAUUUUUGGAGGGACAAACACGAAUCCUUGAUGCGAUAGCAGUCGACCAGCACUCCGAAAGUAAACAUGAUCCAUUUUCUUCUACUCCCCUACCGUUUAAGAAACCAGUGUCGAAACUGUCGGUCCAUUCAAUGUCGGAAAAAUCUUCGCCGAAAUGUGUGUCCUGUGGCGGGUCACAUUACAUUAGUAACUGUCCGGCUUUUGUACUAAUGACACUGGAUAAGCGGUUCCAAGUCGUAAACUCGAAGAAGCUGUGCAGCAAUUGUCUUCGUCGCGACCACUACAGUCGAGAUUGUAGCUCUAAUUUCCGCUGUCGAACGUGCAGUAAGAAGCACCAUACUCUGCUUCAUCCUGGGUUAUCAGCAUCUGGUUCUGGUUCUGCGGCUGAUGCUCAGGAUCCUAAAGGGUCUCAAUUAGUUGGCUCUGGUGCUCCUAUGACCACAGCACACACGACGGAAAUCCCUCAACAGUCUAUUCAGAGUUCGGUGGCUACAAUUUAUGCAGCUAACGUCGCAGCGGAAUCACGAGAGGUGCACGUAUUUCUGUCGACGGUUCUCGUAUCGGUGAAAGAUUGCAACGGACGGUUGCAUACUGCGAGAGCGCUUCUAGACAGCGGGUCUCAAGCGAAUCUCAUUUCUGAGAGAUUGUGUCACAUCUUGAAGUUACACAGAAAGGAAGUAAGCAUACCAAUAUCUGGUGUGGGCAGUGCGAGGGUACAAAUCAAUAAUUCUGUUUCUACUACGAUCGGUUCACGUAUUAUGGACUAUUCGAUACCAAUGAAGUUUUUGGUUAUCAAAAAGGUUACGGAAGAUCAACCGUCGACAACGAUUCCGAUUGGUAGUUGGAAUCUUCCUUCAGAUAUGACUUUGGCGGAUCCAGGUUUUCAUAAGCGAGCUCCGAUUGAUCUUCUUCUGGGUCUAGAGUAUUUCUAUGAAUUCUUGUUACUCAAUACUGGUCGGGUGCAAAUUCAGCGCGUGGGAGAAGGACUUCCACUUUUUGUCAACACCGUUUUUGGGUGGAUUGCAGCGGGCAAGGCGGAUUUGGGAAGCAUGAACCCAGUCCCUUGCUGCCACGCGGUGGUCCAUAAUACCACUAUGGAGGAAAAAAUUGAGCGAUUUUGGACAAUCGAAGAACUGCAAGAUGUGCCGAAGCUGACGCAAGAAGAACUUGACUGUGAAGAACACUUUCGAACCACUUUCUCUCGUGAUGCAACGGGACGAUACGUGGUGCGUCUGCCGAAGCGGAUGGGGUUCGAGCAGAUGAUCGGUGAAUCGAAAGAAACAGCGUUGCGGAGACUUAUGCAGCUCGAACGGCGGUUCAACAAAGACCCUGAGUUGCGUAGGCGGUACAACGAAGAGAUACGCGCCUAUCUAGAUCAGAACCACAUGAAGCUUGUUCCAGAACAAGAGCUGAAACGCGAUAAACGGAUCGCUUUCUACCUCCCUCAUCAUCCUGUCUUCAAGGAAUUGAGCUCCACCACGAAGAUUCGGCCCGUAUUUGAUGGCUCAUCCAAGACGUCAUCCAACUACUCGCUAAACGAUGGGCUAAUGACAGGUCCGGUAAUCCAGGACACCCUCUUUGAUCUGCUACUUCGCUUCCGCAAAUAUUUUGUGGCUCUCGUUGCUGACAUCGAAAAGAUGUACCUUCAGGUAAUGGUACAUCCAGACGAUACUGCUUUGUUACGUAUUCUGUAUAGAUUCUCGCCCUCGGAACCAAUUGCAACAUACGAGAUGUCUAGAGUCACUUUUGGUUUGGCUCCAUCAUCGUUCCUUGCUACGCGAUGUUUGCAGCAACUAGCACUCGACGAUGGUGAUCAACACCCAAGAGCAAAAGCGGCGCUCGUUAACGAUUUUUAUGUCGACGAUUUUAUCGGAGGAGCGAACUCCAAAGAAGAGGCUAUUUUGCUACGGCAUGAAUUGGAGCAGUUGCUGUCAAAGGGUGGCUUCAGACUGCGAAAAUGGGUGUCAAAUUUGGAAACUGUGUUGACAGGACUACCUCUUGGUGAACUGGGAACAUCAUCUACGCUAAAUUUUGAUCAGGAGCGCGUGAAAACGCUAGGAGUAAACUGGCAACCAGGGCGAGAUUUACUUAGCAUCGACAUAUCAGGUUUCGCUGUAAGCGGACAGUGGACUAGACGCAAGGUUUAUUCUGUCAUCGCACAAUUGUUCGAUCCCACCGGUAUCACAGCACCCGUAAUUACAUGGGCUAAGAUUCUGAUGCAGUUACUAUGGGUUGCCACUCAAGGAUGGGAUGAUUCAUUGUCACCAGACUUGGAGGAACAAUGGGCAGAUUUUUAUCAGCAGCUCCCGUUACUUUCCAACAUCAAGGUGGACCGAUAUGCGUUUACCGAUCAUCCGGCAUUGACACAGUUUCACGUAUUUUCGGAUGCGUCCGAAGCUGCCUACGGCGCGUGCAUCUACGCUCGUUCUAUCAGUCGGUUUGGGCGGAUCAAAGUAGAGUUGUUGGCAGCGAAAUCUCGCCCAGCAAGCCUGAAGAAAAUCACACUAGCAAGGUUAGAGCUAUGCGGUGCCCUCGUUGCGGCUAGACUUUACCGUAUGACUGUUCACGCCCUGAAAAUGGAGGAAAUUGAGGCUUGGUUCUGGUCUGAUUCAACCAUCGUUCUUUCGUGGCUGAAGCUGCCACCUUACGUGUGGCCUACAUUCGUCGCAAACCGGGUCUCACACAUCCAAGAGCUUACGAAGGGACACCGAUGGAACCACGUAAAGGGAACGGAGAAUCCUGCUGAUCUGGUGUCGCGAGGUGUUAUGCCAAAGGAUCUAGCAGAUUUGUCGCAUUGGUUCCAUGGUCCGCCGUGGUUGUCACUAUUCGACCAACAUUGGAACACCAGAGAACAUUUGAAAUACGAGAAGCCAUCGGAGGAAUCAUUGCAGAUGAAGAAAAGCGUCCUCGUGGUAGCAGACUCCUCCCAACCUCAUCCUUUUCUGGGUCACUUUUCGUGUUAUUGGAAGCUAUUGCGGAUUACAGCCUAUUGUAUGAGAUUCAUCCGGAAUUGUAAACGUCACAGCUCGUCCCCCACCAUCCCAAUUCUCAGCGUCAACGAUCUUAAAGAAGCCAAGUACGCACUGGUACGGUGUGUUCAGCUGGAGUCAUUCUCUGUGGAAAUCAAGGCACUCGCAAACCAUCGUAUUAUUCCAGCUCACUCGUCGUUAAAACUGCUCAACCCUUUCCUGGAUCAGCAGGGUAUACUUCGUGUAGGUGGCCGGCUCAAACUUGCUGGAGAAUCGUACUCUGUUCGGCAUCCCAUGAUUAUCCCCGGCAAUCAUUCUUUCUCGCGACAGAUGGCAGUCGCUUACCACGUAAUGGCACUUCAUUCUGGUCCCCGCAUGACACUCGCUCAAAUUCGGCAAGAAUUCUGGCCUUUAAAUGGUAGGGCACUGGCAACCUUUACUUUCCGGAACUGCAUUCGCUGCUUCCGAAGCAACCCUGUUCCUAUAUCUCAACCUCCUGGUCAACUUCCUAAGCCACGUACAACUCCCACUCGUGCAUUCGCUUUUACCGGUGUAGACUACUGUGGUCCAGUCUACUUGAAGCCCGUGCACCGUCGCGCUGCUGCUCAAAAGGCUUACAUCGCCGUUUUUGUGUGCUUCAGCACGAAAGCGGUCCAUCUCGAGCUGGUAGGCGAUCUCACAACGGCCGCCUUUCUGGCUGCCCUGCGUCGCUUCGUGUCCCGUAGAGGCCUACCCGCCGAGAUUCACUCGGACAAUGGUCUCAACUUCCAGGGUGCCAGUAACCAUCUUCGAGAGCUGUACGACUUACUGCAUGAUCCGACGGUGGCAGCUAAAAUCACUAGCCAAACCUCCCAGCGAGGCAUUAUUUGGAAAUUUAUCCCGCCACGAGCACCCAAUUUCGGCGGACUUUGGGAGGCAGCAGUGAAGUCUGCGAAGCUGUCGCUCAUCCGAGUUCUGGGCAAACGACAACUUUCCUUCGAGGACAUGACGACGAUCCUCACUCAGGUCGAGGCGGUAAUGAAUGCUCGACCACUCACUCCGCUGUCGGAAGAUCCCGACGAAUUGGACGUGCUCACUCCUGGGCAUUUCCUGACAGGAACCUCCCUAUUAGCAUUACCUGAUCCGGAUUACACUGAUGUUGCAACGAACCGGCUACAACACUACCAGCAAUUGCAGCAACUAGUACAGCAGCAUUGGAAGCGGUGGAGGCGAGAAUACAUCUCGCAACUUCACAACCAGAAUCAGCGAUUUCCUCAAGCGACAAAGCUAAAGAUCGGACAAAUGGUUGUGCUCAAGGAGGACAACAACGCGGCUAUCGAGUGGCCUCUAGCUCGUAUCAUCGAAGUCUACCCUGGCCCCGACGAUGUAGUCAGAGUAGUGAAACUACGAACACCGAGUGGAGCCGUCUACAAACGUCAGGCUUCACGUGUUUGUCUAUUACCAUUCGAGAAGAUAGUUGCCAACCCACUACUCACUAGUGCAACUCCGGAGCACUAG